CCGGUAUUUCUACCUACUAGACAACUCAGACUAUGUCAAUAGAACAACAUAACCAAGAAUCUAAUGCAAAAGCUCCUCAGGUGAAGAUAGAGGCAGAAGAACAAGUGCCAUCCCUGAUUCCUCAUGCCAGAGAGCCAGAAAACGAUGAUGGGGAAGCGAAUACCCAUGAUUAUGAAACUAACAAUCCAGAGGAACCAAAUAAGAGCCGGGAAUCCCAAGAACAUUUAAAAGAAGAAACCCCAUCCACCAAUUUCAAACCAAUAAAACAGGCUACAAUAGCACCAAAACCAAUCAUAGAAAAUGAUGAAGAAGGUUCACAGGAAAGCCAAAAUGUUAUAAAAGACAACAAGGACUACUCAAAGAUUUUCGAGAAGUACCAAGAAAGAUUUCGCAAAGUGUAUGCCAUAUCCCAAAAGCUUUUCAUGACCGAGCGGGCUCAACGUCAAACAUUUAACCAUUAUCAACGUAGAAAUAAUGCGUUGAUGGAUUUAUUAAAUGAAGUUGAACAACCCAAUAAUGAUCAAGAUAUACUAAGUGAUGGAGAUAAGUUACGCUUAGAGAAUUUAUCUGAAUUGAAUCCAAGAUUGAAAAAUACUUUGGCUCCAUUGUUAGCAAUUGAAGAUCCAACUAAGAAUAUUAAAAUAAAGAACUCUUAUAAAGUUAAUAUGUUGCUACAUGAAGGUGUUCCAGAACUAAUUAGUGACGAUCUUGAUUUGGUUGAAACUAACCCUCAAGAUAGUGACUUUUGGAUUAGAAGAAACUAUCCACAUCUAGUAAUCUCUAAGUAUAAACCAAUUGAUUUAAGACCCACUGGAGUUCAUGAACAUUUUGAACAAUCCCAACCUUUGAAAAAGGGCAAGCGGAAACCGGUGAAAGAGGAAGAAGUGGAACGUGAUGUUAAAAAAAUGAAAAGUUAAUUGAAUUAAUGAAUGUAUAUUAAUCAAUUUUAUUUAAUUUCUUGUAUUUGAAUUUUUACGAUCUCUUUUCAAUAAAUUUUCAAGAAUUUUGGUAUCUUUAAAUAAAUCAAAUAUAAAAUUCUUAGUUUUGAAUUCAUAAUUUCCCUUGUCAACGACUUUGAUCACUUUCAAGAAAAGAGUUAAAUUUUCAAACACUUUUGGUGUAGUUUGCUUAAUUUUUGUUAACUCCUUCAUGGACUUCUUCAAAAUUCGUGCCAGCACGAUGGUUCCAUGUACAGCAGUUAAAUGGCCUAUAUAAUUUAAAAUUUUAUCAAUUAAGACGUCAUAACUUUCAAACAUUAAUUCAUCUUGGC